AAUGAUUUUCUCAUUAAUUCAUCUAACAAACUUUACAAUGUUGAUCUAUAUACAAUAAUUUACAAUAAACCGGAACUAAUCUAAACCGGAAAUCUAUUCUAUUAAGCUUAACCAAAAACACAUUGUACCAGCUUAAUUAAACACUCCUAAUAAUAAUUAUAUAUAUACACAUCCACCCAUUUCUUCAGUGAGGUCUGGUGGAUUUGUAUUUUUCGUUUUCCAGUCGUUUCCUCUAUCCCCUAUUUAUUUUUCUUAAUCCAAUUAUUAACCGAUUACUGUAUAUUGACUCUUAAACGAUACUCCAAGGACCACAUGAGAUUACGCAUGUGACAUGUCGAAUAAUGUUUUGUUUUUUCGCAAGAAAGGAAAUACUGAAGUUUUGUUCUUGGCUCGUUAUUUGGAAUAGUUUUGUCACAUUUCUGAGUAUAAGCUAAAUAGGAAACGGCUAAAAUUCUCUAUAGAGCUUCUCACAAAUGGCAAUCACGGUACCUCGCUCGACCUUGGGUCUCUGUUCCGUCUCAUCCUCAUCAAACCUACGACAACAACGGACCUCAUCCCUGAAGCAUCGACUCACUUCGGUCAAAUCAGUAACAUCCACGACUCCUCCGCCUUCUAGUGGUGUUCAACGGAGGCGGAAGAAUAAUGAUGAAAACGAAGCCACGGUGGGGAAGGUGGUCGAGAAUCCGUAUUCCAAAGUGGAGGCGGCCCGUCCUGAUUUGAGGAAGAGCUUGUCGGAUUUUUUGGAGGAAGCGAGAGGUUUCGUGGGAGAUGGAGGAGGUCAACCUCGUUGGUUCUCUCCGUUGGAGUGUGGCGCUCAAGGUCAAGGCUCUCCUCUCCUCCUCUUUAUACCAGGGAUCGAUGGGACUGGACUAGGGCUCAUUCGCCAUCACAAGAAACUCGGGGAGGUUUUUGAUAUAUGGUGCCUACACAUUCCAGUCAGCGAUCGUACUCCUGCUGAAGACUUGGUAAAGCUUAUUGAGAAGACUGUUAAGUCACAGCACCAUCGGUUCCCAAACAGACCUAUAUACUUAGUUGGAGAAUCUAUUGGAGCAUGUCUUGCUUUAGAUGUUGCAGCCAGGAAUCCCGAUAUUGAUCUUUCUCUGAUCUUGGUUAAUCCAGCCACACAUGUUAACAACUUCAUUUCGCAGCCUCUAUCGGGAAUGCUUAAUGCUUUACCAGAUGGUAUUCCAACACUAUUGGAAGAUAUCUUCAAUUUUCAAGUUACAUAUUCAAACAAUUUAGACGCAUUGUCAAAUAAUUUUUUUGGCCAGCAAAUGGGCGGAGUGGGUGGAGGGAUGCUAAGAGAUAUCCUUGCUGUUUCAACUAAUCUUCCUACUCUUGGUAGGAUGUUGCCUAAGGACACACUGCUUUGGAAGCUGGAAAUGCUCAAGUCUGCUAUUGCUUCUGUGAAUUGUCACAUAUACUCAGUCAGAGCGGAAACACUCAUACUUAUGAGUGGACGCGAUCAAUGGCUACUGAAUGAGGAAGACAUUGACAUAUACUCACGCACGUUGCCAAAAUGUAUUGUCCGUAAGCUUGAUGACAAUGGACAGUUUCCCCUUUUGGAGGAUGGCGUAGAUCUGGUAACGAUCAUUAAGUGUACUUCUUUUUAUCGCCGUGGGAAGUCUCAUGAUCAUAUUACGGAUUACAUUAUGCCUACCACAUAUGAGUUAAAACAACAAUGCAGAUUGGUAGUGGCUAGUACUUCCCCUGUAAUGCUGUCGACUCUUAAAGACGGAACAAUUGUAAGGAGCCUCGAAGGAUUACCAUCAGAAGGACCUGUUCUAUACGUUGGUUAUCACAUGCUAUUGGGGUUUGACUUGAUUCCAAUGGUAACACAACUCAUGAAAGAGAGAAACAUUCACCUGCGGGGUUUGGCACAUCCCAUGUUCUUUUUAAAUCUCCAAGACUCGUUAGUCGACAUGAAGAUGUUUGACAAAUACAAGAUGAUGGGUGGAGUUCCAGUCUCUAAUUUCAGUAUCUACAAACUGUUGCGUGAAAAGGCUCAUGUGCUUUUGUAUCCUGGAGGUGUCCGUGAAGCAUUUCAUAGAAAGGGUGAAGAAUACAAGCUGUUUUGGCCAGAACGAUCCGAGUUUGUGAGAGUUGCAUCUAAGUUUGGAGCAAAAAUCGUCCCUUUUGGUGUUGUUGGAGUAGAUGACAUCUGCGAAAUUGUCCUGGAUUCCAAUGAUCAAAGGAAAAUUCCAAUAUUGAAGGAUUUAAUGGAAAUGGCAACAAAUAUCGCUGGCAACAUAAGGGAAGGUGACGAGAGCGAAUUGGGGAACCAAGAUAUCUAUUUACCAGGAAUUAUACCUAAGAUUCCAGGGCGGUUCUACUUUUACUUCGGCAAACCAAUAGAAACAGCAGGUAAGGAAAAAGAGCUGAAAGACAAAGAGAAGGCGCACGAGCUUUACUUGCAAGUCAAGUCUGAGGUCGAACAAUGCGUUGCAUAUUUAAAAAUGAAAAGAGAGAGUGAUCCUUACAGACACUUGUUGCCAAGGAUGUUGUAUCAAGCAACACAUGGUUGGGCUUCUGAAAUUCCUACGUUUCAUCUCUAAAAUCUCUCUUUUAUAUUUUUUUAAAUUACGAUGUGGUUCUUUAUAUGUUGUACACAUCUAAUCAUAUGAUAUUUAGAGGUUUUAGGAUUAAACACUGAACUCUGAAUACUAAACUCCACUUCCUCAA